AUGAAAUUCGCUCUCAUCAUUGCGCUUGUGUUCGCUUUUAUGAUAUCCUCGUGCCUCUCCGACAACACCAAGAACCUGUGCAAGAGAUGUGAGAUCAAGAUGGACGCACUGAAGGCGCAACUGAAGAGGAAAAGCCAAUCGAUCAUCGAAGGGGUUCUUAAAAAAGACAUAUGCGGAAAGAAUAUGCCACCGUAUACUGCUCCAUUCUGCAAUAAUAUGAGCACAAUAAUGAAAGAGCUGCAGCACGGCGCGACCGCCAAGGAUGUCUGCAAGAAAUAUAAGUACUGUCCAGAAUUCUGA